AUGCGCUCCAACGGACUCUUGGUCUCCGCAGUGCUUUGCGUGGGCACCUUCACCUUGACCCACCUCGCUUUUGUGGGUCCCGCCACUGGUGCGAACGCACCCAAGGUGGCGCGGGCUGCGCGCGGGGGCGGAGAGUAUGAUAUCAGUGAUGCGGACAUCCAGAACUUCUACAACUCCUUGUUGACCGGGGCGGGCGGCGACCCGCCCAAGGGUACCGUCCUCUCGGAGUUGGUGGUGAAGUUUUUCCACGGUGACUUCACUCCCCAGGGGUUCAAGCGCUACAGUGGCCUUUGGAUGCUGAAUGGCAAAAAGAAGGGACCACCUCCUGGGAACAUUGGCAAGAAGGACAUCGCGGUGGGCGUCGCCGGAUUGAAGGCACAGAUGGCCAACCCCAUGUUUGUGACCAAGGGCGGUGUGGGCUACGGCGUUGAUGAGACGCAGAAGGUUGAGGAUGAUGGCAAGGGCUGGGUCUGGCUUGCUGCCGAGAUGAGCCCUGGAGGUUUGGCCGUGGAGCUUUUCAAGUCUGUACCCUACGGAAAGCGUGCCAUCCUGGUGGCCAAGCAGAACAACGUCGAUGAGCUCUUCCAGAAGGUGAACUGGGACACGGCUUUGGGCAACAUCGAAAAGACCUUUGGAGGGCCUCAGAUCAAGCAGCGCUGA